AUGCCAUUGCCUAAAACAGCCGAACACUUGCUGGGCAAUUAUCAGGCGGUACAAAUGCUCUCUAGCCGGCUGCAUCUACUUUGCGAGUACGUUGGGGCUGUGGCCGCCGGCCAACUUUCAAUGAACCGGGCUCGCCUGCGUGAAAUAAGCGCCCUAGUCCGUCGGUUACCCCUCCUUUCAGCAACAGCAGCGAUAACUGCCUCCGCCAACGCAUGCAGUGGCAUCUCGUUUUCUUCCUCUUUAGAAGAAUCUGGCGAAUCCGGCGAUCACCUUUAUCAACAGGCGAAUGAUGUCUGUAUGGCUAGUUUGCUUGGUUGCAUGACUCAGGGCCUCCAUGCAUUGCAUGCUUAUCUAGCCAAGGCAGCUCAGGUGGUUGAUCGGCGACCGUUGAUGAUGAUGAUGAUGGGCCCCAGUGGAAGCGCAGGUGCUGGACAUAGUGCGGGAUUAAUGGGGUCAAGCUCAGGUGGCAUGAGUUCAGGCAUGUUUAUGCGAAUGUCCUCGCGCCUCAGAGACAGUCUUGGCUAA